AUGUACGUCAAACAGAUUUUUCUGAUCGCCUCGGCGUUGAGCUCGCAACUCGUCUCUGCAAAUUGUAUCCACGGUACAUCGUUCCACAAACGCGAGGAACUUCCAGGCGGAAAAGUUGCAGUUUCCAAUUUUGGAUAUACCGGGCUCGUAGGCCCCUUGGGCUGGGCGGGGAUUGCAGCUGAGAAUUCGGCUUGCGUGACUUCGACCGUGCAAUCUCCAAUCAACAUUGACGAUACAAUAUCAUUGGCGACAGAGGCCCCUGUGAUUACAAUUGCUUCAGUCGAGGCGGCAGAGUUUGAAAACUUAGGGACCACGAUUGAGGUAGUUGUUAAUGGCACUACAACCUUUGCUGGGAAGGAAUUUUCUCUUAAACAGUUCCAUUUCCAUACACCAAGCGAGCACAGAAUCGCUGAGGAGUACUUCCCAUUGGAGAUUCACAUGGUGCAUGAAGCAGCUGAUGGCUCUGGCGGAAUUGCAGUACUGGCAGUAACCUUCCAGCUCACAGAAGAUGGCACAACGACUGAGCUUCUAACAGCCGUCACCGAGAAGAUUGCCGAAAUUGCUGUUCCUGGUAGCAUUACAGAAACUGGACCCCUCGACUUCGCACCUCUCAUUGACCACCUCCAAACCACACCUUUGUUCCAAUACACUGGUUCCCUCACCACUCCCCCAUGUGCUGAAGGGUUGACAUUCUUGGUCACUGAGCAAGCCCUACCAUUGGACGUCAAGACAUUCAAUGCUAUCAAGAGCGUUGUUAAGUUCAACGCUCGUUAUACCCAAAACACCCUCGGGCAGGAGAACUUGGUCGCUGUUGGAUCCACCCUUCUCAGUGGUGUCGCUGCUCCAGUUGGAAGUGCUCCAGCUGAAUCCGUUGCUGUCACUGAAGAUACCGCUAUGACAACUUCAGCUGCUGCAUCUGCCGCUACCUCAGGCACCACCACCGCCACGGCUGAGGCUUCUGUCUCCGCCUCUGCCUCGGCCUCUGCUACCACUUCUACUACCGCUUCCGCCGCAGUCUCUGCUUCUGCGCCUGCUUCUGCUUCUAGCACCGCUACUGCUACCGCGGAGGCAUCGUCUGUUGCGGCGAGCGAGAGUUCUUCUGCGGCUGCAACUGCUACUGGAGAUGCGGUUGAGGAGCUUGUUUGUCUCUUUGGGUCCUGCAACGUCCGCACUGCUUCCUCGUAA